GCCCACAGGUUUCGGGUCGGGUUUGUCCAGCCCAACAAUGAAACAAAAAUGAAGAAGGAGUGUAUAAAAGCUCAGAGUGUGUAAAACCCUACCUCUUCUUUUGUUUCCGAAGCCGCACACGAAGAACAAGGUUAAGCCGCGGCUGAAUCAGACCAAGAUUGCAACAUGAAGUUUAACGUUGCGAAUCCAACCACUGGAUGCCAGAAGAAGCUUGAAAUCGAUGAUGACACCAAGCUUCGUGCUUUUUGGGACAAGAGGAUCUCACAGGAAGUCCUUGGUGAUGCUUUGGGCGAGGAAUUUAAGGGCUAUGUUUUCAAAAUCACUGGUGGAUGUGACAAGCAAGGUUUCCCAAUGAAGCAGGGAGUGUUGACACCUGGUCGUGUUCGCCUCUUGCUCCAUAGAGGAACUCCUUGUUUCCGUGGACACGGAAGGCGUAACGGAGAGCGUAGAAGGAAGUCUGUUCGUGGAUGCAUUGUCAGCCCCGACCUCUCUGUUUUGAACUUGGUAAUUGUGAAGAAAGGUGACAAUGAUUUGCCAGGACUUACUGAUGUUGAGAAGCCAAGGAUGAGAGGUCCAAAGAGAGCAUCCAAAAUCCGAAAGCUCUUCAACUUGUCAAAGGAGGAUGAUGUGCGAAAAUAUGUUAACACCUACCGUCGCACCUUUACCACCAAGGCUGGGAAAAAGGUUAGCAAAGCUCCAAAGAUUCAACGUCUGGUCACUCCUUUGACACUCCAAAGGAAGCGUGCAAGAAUUGCAGACAAGAAGAAGAGAAUUGCUAAGGCAAAAUCUGAGGCAGCAGAAUAUCAGAAACUCCUUGCAUCCAGAUUGAAGGAGCAGAGGGAACGCCGAAGUGAGAGCUUGGCAAAGAAGAGGUCUAGACUAUCCACUGCUACAAAGCCAGUCACAGCUUAGGCAGCUUACAACUAGAGAUAUGGUUAAAUUUGAACUUUACCAGUUUUCAGUAGUCUUUUUUCCAUGAGGGUGGUAAUGAUGAAUAUUUAUGAUUUUCCUAUUUAAAUACAUUUAUGAGUUUAUUGCCUUAUUUUUAAAUGUUGUGUUUCAAAUUUCUAUUGAAUUCAAGGAUUUUUGCCUAUGAAAUUUUAUCUAUUUGAUCUGUUUUCAACUUCAAA